CUCGCCGCCCUCUCCCUCCGCCUCUUCACAUACACGACAGUAUAAAAUGUCAGCCGCUCUCUCCGAGCGUCUCCACUCUCUCCCGAGCACCUGAAGCAGAUAGACAGCUUUCACUCCUAGACACAACAUGUACUACUCCCAGUCCAUCAGCGGCGGCGGGGGCGGCAGCGGCGGCGGCGGCGGCUUCAUGCGAGGCGGCAGCAGCCGAUCCAUGCACGGCGGAUCUGGAGGAUCUGGUGUCAGAAUCUCCUCCGCUGGCUCCUCCAUGUCCAUGUUUGGUGGCGGCGGCGGUGGAGCUUCCUAUGGCUUCGGAGCGGGCGGCGGCGGCGGCGGAGGAGGAGGCGGCUUUGGCUUUGGCGCCGGAGGCGGUGGCGGUGGCGGCGCCGGUGGUGGCGGCGGCGGCGGCGCCGACAUCUCUGCCAACGAGAAGGCCACCAUGCAGAACCUCAACGACCGCCUGGCCACCUACCUGGACAAGGUGCGCUCCCUGGAGAAGGCCAACGGCGAGCUGGAGCUCAAGAUCAGACAGUUCCUGGAGAGCAAGACCAGCCCGUCGUCCAGAGACUACAGCCACUUCUACGCCACCAUCGCAGAGCUGCAGGGGAAGAUCCAGGACGCGACCAGGAUCAACGGCGGCAUCUACCUCUCCAUCGACAACGCCAAGCUGGCUGCCGACGACUUCAGGAUGAAGUUUGAGAACGAGCUGGCCAUGCGCCAGUCGGUGGAGGCCGACAUCAACGGGCUGAGGAGAGUCCUGGACGAGCUGACUCUGAGCCGGACAGACCUGGAGAUGCAGAUCGAGGGUCUGAAGGAGGAACUCAUCUUCCUCAAGAAGAACCACGAGGAGGAGUUGCUGUCGAUGCGAACGCAGAUGAGCGGCCAGGUGAACGUGGAGGUGGACGCCGCUCCGGCCGUGGACCUCCAGAAGAUCAUCGAGGAGGUCCGGGAGCACUACGAGAACGUCGCCAACAAGGGCCGCAAAGAGCUGGAGGCCUGGUUCCAGUCCAAGUCCGAGUCGCUGAACAAGGAGGUCGCCGCCAGCACGGAGACGCUCAGCACGUCCAAGACGGAGAUCACGGACCUGAAGAGGACGCUGCAGGGUCUGGAGAUAGAGCUGCAGUCCCAGCUCAGCAUGAAAGGGUCGCUGGAGUCCACGCUGGCGGAGACGCAGAGCCGCUACGCCAUGCAGCUCAACGGGUACCAGAUGCAGGUGGGCAACAUGGAGCAGCAGCUGAUGCAGCUCCGCGCAGACCUGGAGAGACAGGGACAGGAGUACCAGAUGCUGCUGGACAUCAAGACCAGACUGGAGAUGGAGAUCGCCGAGUACAGGAGGCUGCUGGACGGGGAGGGCGGCGGCAGCGGCGGCGGCGGCGGCGGCAGCUCCAAAUCCACCUCCAUUUCCUCCUCCUCCUCCUCCUCCUCCACCAACGCCUCCGGCGCUGGCGGUGCCUCCGGCGCCGGCGGUGCCUCCAGCGCCUCCAAAACCACCAAAACCUCCAAAACCAAAGUGAUCACGGUGGUGGAGGAGAUCGUGGACGGGAAGGUGGUGAGCACCUCAGAGACCAUCCAGUAGAGCCUGGCGGCUCCAGCAGACACCAACACGCUAAAAAACCCAAUAAAGGUCUGCAGACGUCCUUCAAAAUAAAA